CUUAUCCUAAAAAACUUGCCUUUCAAUACCUUGAAGACCUCCGAAAUGAAUUUGAGCGUGUCAAUGCAACCCAAAUAGAAACAGCAGCCAGACCUUAUGCCUUCAUUAAAUUUGAUACAUUCAUUCAAAAAACCAAGAAAUUGUAUCAGGACACGCGUACUCAACGGAAUAUAGCAAAGUUAAAUGAUGAACUCUAUGAAGUCCACCAAAUAAUGACUCGAAAUGUACAAGAAGUUCUUGGUGUUGGUGAAAAGUUGGACCAGGUUAGUCAAAUGUCCAGCCGGUUAACAUCAGAAUCUCGCAUAUAUGCUGACAAAGCAAAGGAUCUAAAUCGGCAGGCUUUAAUCCGGAAGUGGGCACCUGUGGCUAUUGUGCUAGGAGUCGUCUUCCUUCUCUUCUGGGUCAAAACAAAAUUCUGGUGAUCAUUUAACUAUCUUCUGGUGGUUCCCAGAACUUAGUUGCAUACUUUAUGGGGUUCAUCCGUGCUGCUUUUCUACCCUGUAUUGGUGGCAAGGUUGCCAGGAUUCUGAGACCUUCACAUCAAAGUAAACGCUGCCUUUUGGCAAUCAAUCUUGUUAACUCAUAGAGACAAUAUUUACCAUCUGCAAUUAUGGAAGAGAGACUCCCCUUACUGGGAUUAUUCUUUCUAUAUGUAAAACUAGAAACACCAUAGCUAAUAGCGUUAUAUUGAUUGAGAGCCUCUCAUAAUAUCAAUCUUUAAGCAUUUUCUCGUUAUUGCUUUGUUCCCUCCCUUAACCAAACCCCAUGGAGAUUAAGCCAAUUAAAGUCUAUAACUGCUU